CCCUAGUAAGGCUUGGUUACUAAGUCGUUUUUAUAGAACUUUUUGUUCAACCAGAAAAGAACACGUUGAUUUGUUAUUAUUUAUGUCACAAAUUAUCUCGUAAAGAGCGAACCUCGCAAAGUUGUUUCUUUUACCUCAAAUUAAGAAUAGGAAUGGUUACUUGUCGCUGUAUCGUGGUAUUUAUCCUGGUUGUAGCCAGAACUUUGGCUGACGAGGGCCAUGGUCAACCAGGUCAGGCAGAUCAACACACUGAACACAGUAGGUUGCGGGACUCAAAACAUGUGCACGACAAAGACCAUAUCAAGGAACAUUUAAAAGAAGUUACUGAUGUGAAAGAAGAUGCACCAAUGAGCAAUGAAGACCUUCAAUUUCACUAUUUCAAAUUACAUGAUUACGAUAACAACAAUAAAUUGGAUGGCAUUGAAUUAGGAAAUGCCAUGACACAUUUCCACGACGAAGAUGGACAGCAAGAUUCAACAGCAUCAUACACAGAUGACCAACUUUCGAGCAUGGUUGAUCAAAUCUUGGAAGAGGACGACAUAAACAAGGAUGGAUAUAUAGAUUACACAGAAUUUGUUGGUGCACAGAACAGGGUGGAUGAAAGUUCAGAGAAGGGAGCAGAAAAAUAGAAUUUAAAUUUCAUCAAUGAGAU